CUCAGCUCACACGUCUGGCCGGAAGUGGCGUUUUCCCAGAUAAGGCAAACCGUCGCGGACUCUUCACGUUCCCUGUUCGAGUGAACAUGGACGCAGAGUCGGCGGGUCGGGUCCAGACGGACGACGUCGAGCUAGAAGACGGGGAAAUUUGCGACGAUGACGGCGAGGAGAGCUCCGCCGCCCGGCGGGGGGAGGGGAGGAGAAGCAGGCCUCUGCGGGGUCCGAGGCCGCCCUACAUGGCCCACCCUCCGGCGGACUUUCGCCACAUGAUGGCCUAUGACGUCCACGGAGCCCAGUGCGGACCGGACCGACCGCACGCUCCCUGCCCUCCCCUGCCGCCGCCGCCGCCCCCGCCGGCCGGGCUCGCUCCGAUGUGCGGGGGGCCCGGUCCGCGGCCCAGUUUUUGGGAGCGGAGCCACGGCGCUCUGGGGAGGUUCAGACACCGAACCGUACCGAACGGAGGACGGGGGGCCUGGAACCGGGGAACCUGGGCCGGCCCCAGACCCCCCAUGGGUCGGUACGGGCCCGGAGAGAACAGUCACAACCGGAACGAGUCUCCCGGCAGGAAACAGAAGCCGCUCGGAAGGAAUCUGCCAAGAAGAGCGCCGGCGAAGUGCGGCACUGGCGCCGAGUCCUUCGAGGAUCUGCUGUCCAAGUACAAGCAGAUCCAGAUCGAGCUGGAGUGCAUCCGCAAGGAGGAGAGCAUGGCGCUGGAAGCUGAGGUGCAGGGAGCGGAGGGCAAUGUUCAAGUGGUGGAGCCCAAGGUGCAGGGGUCAGAGGUCAGGGCUCAGAGGGCGGAGGCCAAGGUUCCGGGGACGAAAAAGGGUCCCGCGCAAGCCGUCCCGCUGCCCCAGGAGUCCGCCCAGAUUCGGGCACAGAACAAGAAAAGUUUCCAGGCGUUCAACAUCAAACCCCUGCGUGUCAAACUCUUCACGCCGCCCAGCCUGGACACGAAAGCCGAGGAGGAGCGAAAAGCGAUGCAGGCGGAGCCGGAGGCCCCGGCGGCAGACGAGGUCGCGGAGGCGUACGUUUGUUGCGGCAAGGACGCAAAGGAUGACUGCAAAACCCCCGGCGGGGAGUCGUCCGCCUCCAGCGACGACGUCUUCAUCUGUCUCGAUGAGCUGGACUCGCAGGUGGAGGAGGAGGACCUGUCGGAGCUCCAACUGCGUCUGGUCGCCCUGCAGUCGGCCAGCAGGAAGUGGCACCAGAAGGAGCAGCAGGCGAUGAAGAAGAGCAGAGAACCGGCGGCGGCGGUGGCCGCCGCCAAGCCCAGGCCCGCCGACCGCAGGACCAGAACCAGGUCCAAGCCUCAGGACAGGGAGCGAGACAAGGCCAAGCCCGGGCCCAGAGAGCGGCCCAAGACCGUGGCUAGAACUCCUUCGGACAGAAGCAGAGGCAAGAGCACGGGCCCAGCCUCGGCGGGCAAACAGGCGGUGAGGAAACGGCAGCUGCGCACGUGGAAGCUUCAGCGGAAGCACGACGACGACGACGAAUGGCAUAAACGAGAGGACGAAAUCCGCAAGAUCCGCGAUCUGUCCAACCAGGACGAGCAGUACAAGCGCUUCAUGAAGCUGGUGGGCGGCAAGAUGCACAGCUCCCCCAAGGUCAGGGGUGGAGAGGCGAGAAAGUCGUCCACCGGUAGGACGGGCCCGGACGGCGCAGGAAACCUCUACCAGUACGACAACUACGACGAGGUUGCCAUGGAGACGGACAGUGAACCCGGUUCCCCAGCACGUCCUCCUCUAACCGCAGAAGACCCGGCGGCGUCUUUCCCUCUGCCCCCGCUUUACGAGACGCCCUUCGCCGCCUGCGCCCCUCCCCCGCCGCCUCCCUUGCCCCCUCCGACCAGCGAUCCGACGCCCCCUCCCAAGCCGCCGUUUGCUGACGAGGAAGAGGAGGAGGAAAUGCUGCUCAGGGAGACCUGCCUCAUGUCCAUGGCCAGCAAGCGGGUGGUGACCGCAGAGCAGGAGCCGUUCUGGAGCGGUCCCCCGUCCCCGAGCGCGGCGCCCCCCGCUGGCUUAGAGCAGCCCGCCAGAGGAAACCUUAGCGCCGUCAGCCUCAACACCAUGACGACGCAGCGUGGCAACAAGUUCACGCGAGGAGGAGCUUCCAGGGCGCCGCUGUUGCUGCCACGUCACAAGUCAGUGGUGGUGUCUCUGAACGAGUCGGACGACAGCGACUCGGACUUGGAAGUCGCGGCGCAGGGGAUGUUCGGCGGCCUGGAGUUCAUGAUCAAGGAAGCCCGAAGGACGGCAGAGGUCAACGCCACAAAGUCCAAAGGCGCGUCAGAGAAGGAGAACAAUCCGAUGCGGACCCCCGAUGCUUUGCCCGAGGCCAAGAAGGCCGAGUACCGCUUCCUCAGGGAGGAGCUCGCCAGGGAAAAGCAGAAGGCGUCCCACCCCGACGCCGGUUCGGCGGCCGCCGUCGACCCCGCCGUCCCGUCCCCGGGGAGCGAAGCCGAGCGCAGGCUGCUGAAGCAAAGAGAGUUGCUCUCGCGAGACGAGACGCUGCUGAAGAACCUCCUGCAGCAGCAGCUGAAGAAGUCCGAGUCGCUCAAGGCGGCCGAGUCCAAGGCGGCCAGGCUGAGGGAACAGACGCAGGCUGCCGAGAAGAUCGUGCUGGCCAACAAGACGCUCCUCAAGAAGAUUCAGGAGCAGGUGCGCCGCGUGGAGCACCGCGUGUCCAUCAAGAAGACGCUGGCGGCCCGCUUGGAGCAAGAGCUGCUUUGGACUCGGAAGGCGACGGGGAGAGAACCCAAACGGAAAGCCGGAGCUGUCCACAAGCCGGCCAGGAAGCUUCAGCGGGUGGAUGCCGCCAAUCACUUUGCAGCACUGAUGGCUCAGAAGCAGCGUCUGCAGCAACUGGAGUCCGAAUACGCUCAGAAGAUCCAGCAGCUGAAGGAGGCCCAGGCCCUGCGCAACAAAGCGGCGCCGACCGAGCGGCGUCUCAAACCGGUCUCGCUUCCUGACCCCAAAGUUUCCCUUACGGGGUCCCCGGGACCGCCUCAGCCCUCCCUGCACGACCUCACCCAAGACGUCCUGGUGCUGGAGAGCGAGGACGCCCCCGAAGCGGACGAUCUUGAGCCGGAGCGCCCCGAGACGCAGAUCGCCGCCCCCGAAGCGGCGUACCCUCGCCCUCGGCGCCGCUCCUUCCGCCGCUCCGACGCCACCAAACCCAACCUGGAACAGCCGAGCUCCGCCCCCGCCCCCGUCCCCGUAGGUCCGCCCGCCGCCAAACCAGUCGAAAGCUCUGAGGACGGACCUGUCGCCGCGGGUCCGGAUUUGGAAGCGCUGAGGCGCCAGCAUCGACAGCGGCCCGGGCUGGCAGAGCUGGUCCUGGAGGAGCUGACUGGACUGGGGGAGCCACACAAAACGGAGGAAGAGGCGAACGUGCCCAAAAGCACCAAGGUGAAGUUGAAGGUGAAGAUGCUCACAGCGGACGCGGAAGCAAGUCCAAGCGCGUGCUGGCCCAACGGGCUGGUUCCUUUAAGGCCUUACCGCAGUCCUCUGCUGGUCUUCAAAUCUUACAGGUUCAGCCCGUACUACCGGACCAAGGAGAAGUUGUCCCUGAGCUCGGCCACCUACAGCAACGCCAUCCGGCCCCAACGCUGCUUCUGUCGCUUCGACCUGACGGGGACGUGCAACGACGACGGCUGCUCAUGGCAGCACGUCAGGAGCUGCGCGCUGACGGGGAAUCUCCUCUUCCAGGAUGUUCUGUCGUACAACUUGUCUCUGAUCGGCUGCUCGGACGCCAGCUCUGACGGCCAAGUCGGCUCCGCCGCAGGUGGGCGGAGCCUCGCCCACGCGUCCGAAAAAUACAUGAGCAAGCUGUUGGGUCCGCACAGAGGCGGAAUGGCGGCAGACCAGACGGCCGUCUUCCUGGUCAGCAAAGUCAACGAGAGCCGUCGUCACGUGCCGCCCUUCACCACCUGGAAGGGCAAAAGGAAAUGGAGGCCAUCGGCGCUGAGCGAGCAGAACGCCGACGGGGACUGCGAGGAGGACGCGUCGGGGGAGGAGCGGCCGUCCAGAACCUCAGACGUGCACGUGAGCCGGUUGGACGCGUGCGUGACGUCUGAGGACAAGCGUUACUUCCUCAGCGACACGGACGACAUCUGCAAGCUGGAGAGCGGCGUGUCGGACAACCCCGGAGACACGCAGCUGUGGAUCAAGCUGGCUUUCAAAUACCUCCGCCAAGACGACACGCCGCCGAGCGAGUGUUUGGAGGCGGCCCUCAACACGCUGUCUCGCGCGCUGGAGCACAACUGCGACCACCCCGAAGUGUGGACGCACUAUCUGACGCUCUUCUCCCGCCGAGGACACCGCGACGAAGUGCAGGAGAUGUGCCAGAUGGCCGUGGAGCACGCGCCCCACCGCAGCGUCUGGUGGAACUAUCUGAGCUUGGCGAGCACGUUUGAGGGGAAGGACUCCGUCUGCGAGCGUCUCCUCCACUUCCUGCGGGCCGAGGCGGCGUGCGGGUCCGUGUCCGAGGAGCGCUCCUUCCAGCUUUUGGAGGCUGUGCUUUACCGCGUCCACUUGAACGUCUUCACGGGCCGCUCGGAAGCCGCCCUCGCCAUCUUCCGGGACGCCUUGAAGGACGCCGGCCAUCACGGCAUCGCCGAGCGGCUCCGACCGGGCCACCGGGCGCUGGCCUGGUUAGCGUACAUCCACCUGAAGGAGUUCGGCCGCCUCCCGGCCGCCCUGUACGACCCGCUGGAGUCGGGCCCGUCCGGGCUGGUCGGCGCCGACCCGUUUCUGUUGCCCUGGCGGUCGGCCAGCGACGUCCGAACGCCGCACGAGGAGCUCAUCGGGCUUUUCGAAGAGGGCGUCCGCCGGUGCGGUGACGAUUCUUUGAGUCCGAGCGAGAGGACAUUGGCGUGCCUGCCGCUGCAUACCAACUUCCUGUUCCUGCACAGGCUGUUGGGCAGGUUUGAGGAGGCCGUGUCGUCAUGCGAGGUGCUGUUGGAGGCGUGUCCCACGUCGUGCGUCCUGCAAGACGUCCUGUGCGAGCUCCUCGUGCGCUCGGGGAAAGCGGACGGCGCCGCCGCCUCUUGGCUCGCCGCGCUGGCCAAGUGUCCCGACGACGCCGAAGUUUUCUACCACUGCUGCCGCUUCCUCAUGGCUCAGGACAAGUGGAGCGUCGUCACGCCGCUCUUCCGAGGAUUCGUCUCGUCUUUGUGCGACGGGGAAAGCGCUCACGUGGCGCCCGUCCACAUCCUGCGGAGCGUGCUGGGUCUCCCGACAGACGGCGCGCAGUUGUCGGCCGUCGCGAGGAAGGAUCUGGAAGAUCGGCUUCAUCGUCAGCGCUCCUUCCUGCACCUGCUUCACUGUCGGUGGCACUGGCUGCACGGGUCCACGGAAGACGCGCUGGACGCCUUCGAGAGGGCGCUGGGCUCAGCCGUGAGCCGCCACGAGCUUCACCGCCUCUGGACGGACUACCUCCGCUACUGCAGCGUGCGAGCGGCCGAGCGUCUGCCCGACUUGGUCCUCCGCUGUCUGGGCACGGUGCCCGCCCGGCUGGAGGUGCCCUUUGACUCCACCCACUUCUGGACGUCUUACCGCUUCCACAACGAGGUGGUGGCGCUCUACCUCAGCUGCGUGGACGCGUCUCAGCACGCGGCGCUCCUGGAAAGGCUGCACUACACGAUGCCGGCCAACGUCGCCCUGGCGCUCAGGCUGAUGCGGCAGGAGGCCCACGAAGGAAACUUGGAGCACGUUCGAUUCCAGGCCAGGAUGUUGACCGCCAGCGCCCCCAAGUGUUUGCCAGCUUGGAACAUAGCCAUCGCCGCGGAGACGGAGCUUAAGCAACCGACAGAGGUGAGGCGCUCACAAGUCAGCGAUGCUAAUGCGAUACUAACACAUGUCUCAGUCAUCUUGAACAUCCCAGAAUUUUCCUCUGGGCGGCGACGGACAGGAGCCCGGCGUCCGCGGCGUCGUAUAACGCGCGGUACAAAUGCUAACCUUGACAUUUAUCAGGGCGGGAAAGCGCGGCGGCUCCCGUUUGUGCCGGUCGCCACUUCCUGCUCUUCCUCCUCGUUUGCUUGUGUUCGUAGGCUCGCCGCGUUGUGCAACAAGCCCUCCAGAACCUUCCGCUCUGCGCUCACCUGUGGAAACGGCUGCUGCAGUUGGAGGCGUGCGUCGGCGGCGCGGGCGCAGCGGAUCGCGUGGGCCGCGUGCUGACUCGCGCCCGAGAGGCGGGCGUGACUUUAGCGGAGCCGCUCGCCGCCGCUCAGACGGACACGGUUUGACGUCUGAGGGCGGCGACGCUUUGGGUCAGAAAGUUGAGAGCAAAAAGCAGCGCCUCCUCCUGGUGUACGUAAGUAUGUCUGCUGAGUGACGUUUGCUUUGUCUCACUUCCUUUCUUUUCCCCUGGGCGGUGGGGCGGGGCGGGGCGGGGCGGGGUUACGUGGCCCGAAGGACGCUCCACGCCAUCUUUUUGUUGUUGAGACUUUUAUUUUGUUAAACUGCUGGGAAGCAAAGAAAGGCGGACACAAGAGUGACGAACGCUGGACAGGACGCGCCUCGUUUGCGAUUGUCUUUUUAUUUUUUAUUUAUUUUUUUGUGAUUAAAAG